AUGCAGGUGACAGAGACACGGACGGGGCCGCUGGGAUGCAGUAGCUAUGACAAUCUCGACUCGGUUAGCUCCAUCCUUCUGCAGAGCCCAGAGAGCAAGAUUAAUCUGCAAGGUCUUCAGGUCAUUUUCCCAGAAUACCUGCAGGAGAAGUUUGUCCAGUCAGCCCUGAGCUACAUCAUGUGCAAUGGAGAGGGAGAGUACGUGUGCAGUAACAACCAUUGCAUCUGUCAGUGCGCCGACGAUUAUCCCCAGUGCAACUGUCCCAUCACUGACAUCCAGAUCAUGGAGAAUAGCCUGCUGGGGAUGUCUGAGUCCUGGGCCUCUUCUUACAAAGACUUUGAGAACUCAGAUGAGUUCAAGUCCUUCCUGAAGAGGCUGCCCUCCACUCACUUCCUGCCCAUCAGCAGUGUGCAUCUCCUGUGGGGCAGUGACUGGGACCUUCAGGCUCGCUACAGGCUCCUUCAGAGUUCCCUGGAGAUCCAGCGGCUCAAGAUCCAGCGCACUGCCCGCAAGCUCUUUGGCCUCAGCAUCCGUUGUCACCACAACCCCAACCACCAGAUGCCUAGGGAGAGAUCUGUGAUGCAGUGGUUGAACAGGGUCCAGUCUUUCCUCUACUGUAAUGAGAACGGGUUCUGGGGGACCUUCCUGGAGAGCCAAAGGACAUGCGUGUGCCACACAGGUGUUACCUUAUGCCAACGACCCAUCCCAUGCGUCAUAGGUGGCAACAACAGCUGCGCCAUGUGCAGCCUGGCCAACAUCUCACAAUGUGGCUCCUGCAACAAAGGCUACAAGUUGUACCGUGGCCGCUGUGAGCCCCAGAACGUGGAUUCAGAACGUAGCGAGCAGUUCAUCAGCUUUGAAACUGAUCUGGACUUUCAGGACCUGGAACUCAAAUACCUGUUGCAGAAAAUGGAUUCCCGACUCUACAUUCACACGACUUUCAUCAGCAAUGAGAUCCGACUAGAAACCUUCUUUGACCCAAGAUGGCGUAAGCGCAUGUCCCUGACCCUGAAGAGUAACAAAAACCGGAUGGACUACCUCCACAUGAUUAUCGGUCUGUCGAUGAAGAUCUGCCAGAUGAGAAAUAGCAGCAUUGACCCCAUGUUCUUUGUUUAUGUCAACCCCUUCAGUGGUAGCCACUCAGAAGGCUGGAGCAUGCCCUUUGGGGAACAUGGAUACCCACGCUGGGAAAAGGUACGACUACAAAACUCGCAGUGCUUCAACUGGACUCUCCUGCUGGGCAACCGGUGGAAGACCUUCUUUGAGACGGUGCACAUCUACCUGCGUAGCCGCGCUAAGAUCCCAACUGGCUUACGCAAUGACACGGGACAGGGUCCAGUGGAUCUUGGAGAUCCCAACAAGCGGCAGAUCUACAUCAAAAUAUCUGAUAUCCAAGUGUUUGGCUACAGCCUACGCUUUAAUGCCGACCUGCUCCGUAGUGCUGUGCAGCAGGUUAACCAGUCGUACACACAGGGAAAUCAGUUCUACUCCUCCUCAUCAGUCAUGCUCCUGUUGCUGGACAUAAGGGAUCGGAUUAACCGCCUUGCCCCUCCAUCUGCUCCUGGCAAACCCCAGCUGGACCUCUUCUCCUGUAUGCUCAAGCAUAGGCUGAAGCUCAACAACAGCGAGAUGAUUCGAGUAAACCAUGCCUUGGACAUGUACAGCACAGAGAUACUAAAACAAUCAGAUCAUCUGACUGCUAAACUCUGCUGAACAUAGUAACAUUCACAGAAGGACAGCAACAUGAAACACCCAACAAAUGAACUAGGCGGGGAUAUUAAUCUUAAUUUUCUUUUUCUCUUUUUUCAUUUUUGGACCUUUUCUGCCUUUUGAUGUAAUAUUAACUUUGUAAGCAUAAUUCUUAAAGAGAUAAAGGAAAAAGGCACUGAUGAAAAGUAUUUCAGAUUAAGAUAAAGAAGAUUAAUGGAACCACUAUAAAGACUGUAUCAUAUUUGUCCCAGCAUGUCUGUCAUUCCCUAAAAAGAUCUAAAAAAAAAAAGAAGAAAAAAAAGAAAUAUUAAAUCUAUGUACUGGUGAAAAAGAGGCCUUGAUUUUACUCCGAGGGAUCAAAGGUUUUAUCUGAAACUGCCAUUCUUUACUGACAAAAACAUUUUUAAAGGAAUAACAAUGGAACACAAGGGCAGACCAGAUAUCCUUUUAUUUCAGCUAAUGUUCAAAGUAUUUCAGACAUUACAGAGAGUUUAAUAUUAAAAAAUGUUUAUACAUGGUAAGGAUUAAAUAGCCCUAGUGAAUAAGUAGUCAACACAUUACUUAUAGACUUUAUUACAUUUCAAACCCACAGCAAAUCUGCAUUGUGAGUUAUGAGGCACUCUGUCAUUGUUCUGAUACGUAAGGCACACAGCAGGGCAGUAAUGGAUAGUCAUGUCAAAUAACAAAAGCCAGCUGUUUAUAUAUACAGUACAUAUAUAUGUGGAUGAAUGUAUGUGUGCGUGCGCGUGUGCAAAUGUGCGUAUACCUUAUUUUGGCUUGAUGCUUAUUGCUGUUCGUUAAUUGAAUGUGUCAUUUGAGAUUGACUCCAGUCUAAGCAAAAUCUUGCAUUUGGAGCGCUUCUUCCCGUGUUUGAAAUUCAAGCUGUGUUUUUCACAAGGCAGUACCUCCUGGUGCGUGAGUGCAAUAUUGUGGUCUGAAGAUUUAACAAUCAAUGCUAUUUUGUACAGCUUUGCAAAAUGUACAUGUUGUGACUGCUGAUUCGUGGAGCUUUUCCGCACCAAGAGCAAAAUGUAAACAUUCAUCAUUCAGGCACAUUUGCAAGACGACCUAAAGCCAUACACUUCCCUGAGGUAGACAUUAAGUCCAUCCCCGUUCACAAAAGAACAUACAUUUAAGGAAAUGUUUGGUUUGUAUGUUUUUAUUUUAUUCUAUCAGUUUGUAGACAAGAGCACAGCAAAAGGGAGAUGACAGGAGGAAGCAUAUUAUGUUGAAAAGGGUCAUGUUGUAAAGCCAUUGAAUUGCUCUGUUGUGCCACAGGAAGAAGAAAAAGAAAAAAAAGAAAUUGUUAAAUUAAAUCUUAAAAUACCUUUUUGGCAGUGUUUCAUCUGUAAGCUUUUAAUGACCUUGUGUACAAAUGUCAGAUUUUUUUGUUUUGCAUGUUGCGGGAAACAUCAACAGAGCUCUGACUGUGUUUAACAUUCAAUCGUCGAAUUGAAAUAUGAAACACUACCUAUGUAAUGUUUGGUCACAUGUUAUUUGGGUAAUCCGAUCCUGAAUCAUAUUGCUUAUGACUUUGUGUAAAUCCAAUCCGUUAACCUGCUAUUAACAACAACAAAGGCAAGGUCACUCGUGUCAUAAAACCUUGCUGUCCUGGUCAUUGAUGGGUUCAACUUAAAAAUAAAAAAGCAGACAUUAAGUCGCUGCUGUCAUGGCUCUCAAACAUCUCCAGGUUUAAAAGCUGCCAGCCAAGUUGCAAGACUAACACCUAAAAAUGCAUACUGUUAUAUUACAAAUUAUUUCAUUGUUUAUUUUUGAUGUCUGUUAGUCAAUGGAUGUAGCUUUCGUUUGGUUGCUUUGGUACUUUUCUUGUGUUUCAUUUUGUGUUCUUUUAAAUACCCAUUUUCAUUUUACAUUGUGAUGAGACUAGUCUUGUGUGGUUAGCUGUAAGCAGAGGCAUGUUACAAUACAGGAAACAUCCAUGGUAGGUAGCUUUGUCAGCUGAAGACUUUACUGCAUUGACAACUUUUAUAGUUGUCCGUAAAUGUGCAUUUUUGUCAUGAUGUAAGUAACAGAACCAUGUAUUUCUGUGUGUGGCCAUGAUGAUCCUUAUGUUUUCAUUUACUGUUUUCAGUCUUUUUGUGAAGCAUUUUUAACUCUUGAGAGGUGCUUUAUAAAUAACAGCUUAGUCACUUAUUAAGUCACUACAGAUGUAAUACAUUUCAGGAGAUUCAGUGGUCAGCAAAAUCAUUUUUCGAUAUCCAAAAUAGUGGUUAUUGCAAAUGUGGUGGCCAGGUCAGGUUCAAAUGAAUCUCACAGUACAAUACUUUAAUCAAUCAGAUAAGAAACAGCAGGAGCAGAGAGGGCAUUGGACCGGUUUAACCUCCAGUUUAAUAAACUGUAUCGUGAUCGGUAUGUCCGCCUGGGUGUGGAUGGUAACUGCAAGCUGUCUCAAAGCUGCUUGGUAUUUUAGUUUAUCAAGCCCAGCUUAUUAGCAUGCUGAUGUUAACAUGAUAGACUUUACACUUUCUUAAAUAUGUUAGCAUCUAUAGCAUUGCCACUGUAACAUUUGCAUGCUAACGGUACCUCCUUGUGGAUUCAUUUUUAGCUAACGUACUGUGGAGUUGAUUU